AAAAAAUGAAGCUCCAAAAUAAUUAAAUUUGCAUCCUCCUCCUUAUUUUCACUUUGCAAAAGGAAAUAAUAGGUCAAGCUUUAGUGGAUUUGAAGAAUGGACGUUGUGAUUGUGAGGAGAUGUAGAAUGAAUUGGAAUGCGUAAUUAUGUAGAAAUGCAAAUUUGAAGACGGAAAAUGCAAAUCUCUUCCUUGUGAGAGUUUAUAAGGGAGUUUAUUAGCGGGUUGUUCUCUAGCAAAAGGAUAAGGAUGCAUAUUUAACGUAUUAGAAGCAACAUGCACUGAAUUUUAAGGCUGUUCCUCUUACGAAUACAAAAAGUAAAAUGACUGCAGCUUGCUCCCUACUAAAUGUUAUUAUAAUUCAGAACUCUAAAGGUGUGAGGAUUAGUCUUAACUUCCCAGUUGCUCUGAGUUACUAUAAUCGGAGUGUUUUCAUGGAAAGGAAGGAAUUUGUGUGUUUAAGGAUGGAAAAUGCUAAGAAUUUACUAAAUGUGAAGAUGUAGAGAAGAAUGAUAAAAGAUGCCAAGAAGCAUAUCCUUCAUGCAAUUAUAUUUCAUACAAUGACUGUAAAACUUAGAUUGGAAGUUGUGGGCAAUCCUCAUAUAACAAUUGUAACUGGGUUAGAGAAACAAUUAAUGGUGAAAACUACUUUCUUUGUGAAAGAAAAAUUGAAUCUGAAUAGAAGGUAUGUGUCGAUUGGAAUCCAAAUGAGCAAACUCUUGAAACUUGCCUUUUUGGUUCAUCUUAUACACAUCAUUGGAAGGACAAUUAAUGUGUGAAAUGUUCGCCAUCUAAUCACAAUUCCAGCUUACGACUAGAAAUAGUGAUUAUGCUUUUGACGCUAGCAUUUUGAAUAUGAAUAUUAUUAAUUCAGAUUACAUAUUUA